AUGGACGCAGUAUGCAUAAAAACCAAGAGACCGAAGACUGAUCCAAAAGAACAAGCAUUUCGUAUCUUGGAAAGAACCACAACAAAGAUAGAAGAAGGAAGAUUCCAGACCGAUCUUCUCUGGCGCAAAGACGAUGUAAAGUUACCAGACACCUACGAAAACCCGCUGAAGAGGCUCUUCAAUAUAGAAAAGAAGAUCGAUCGUGAUCCCACGUUAAAGAAGAAAUACGUGGAACAAAUGGACGCUCUCGUCGCAAAGGGGUACGCCGAACCCGCCCCAAAACAGAAUACAGCUGACAAGACUCGAAGACUCCUGGCCGACGGAAACCACAAGAGCAACAGCGGAACAACCUUCCGACGAAGAAAGGACACAUCACGGGAGCAACAAAGGCGAUUGAAGCUUGCAGAAGGUCUACCUGAUCAAGCGUAG